AUGUUAUAAUUUUAUUAAGAAAAGUUUCAAUAAAAUUUCUCCAAAUAUACUUUAUGAUCAAGAUAAAAUCGAGAUUGAACAGUUGAAAAAACAGAUAUUAUCGGUUGAUGAACUUGAAUGGUUAAUUUGUAAUGGGUACAAUUUGGCAAACAAAUGUUACCAAAGUAAAUUUUAUAAAGAAGGAUUGAUUUUAUCCACAAAGGCAAUUCAAGUAUGAAGGACCUUUUUUUUUGUUUUUAAUUUUUGAUUAUCUUAUAAAAGAUGUUUUUAAUUAACAAUAUUUGUUUUUAUUGGUUUAGAUUGAAAAUUUGAUUAAAGGAGAUACAGACAAAGGGAGAUACAAGAAAUUAGAGGUUUGGUAUAUUCGUACUUGUUUGUUAAGGAUAAUUUGUUUUAAUUGUUUAAUCUCACAAGAGAAUAAUUUAGUUGAUAAAAUGGAUUCUUUAAAAGAAAAUCGGGAAAAUGUCAUAAAUCUAAAAGAAAAACUUAACAAACAUCUAACUAAUUUGAUCUCGGAAGAUUGUGAAGAUAGUUUGAUUAUUGAUGAUAUUGAUCAAGUUGAAGACAAGAACUUUUGGAAAGCAUGUUAUUCUCAGGUAGUUUUAUUUCAGUUUGAAAUAGAAUUGAAAUUGAGCAAUUGGGAAACCAUUGAGACAUUGAUAUUAGUAAGUUAUUUUUAUCUUAAGAUUACAGAAUAAGGUUAAUUUAAAGCUUUUGAUUUUUUUUUGAUUAUUAUUUUACUAAUAUUAAACUAAUAGGAGGUUAAAAAAUUCUCAAGUAUGUUUGAAGUGAAUGAGACCGUAAUCAAUCUUAUUUUAUCGGUAAAGUGUAAAGCCAGUAUAAAAACAAAAGUCUUAAGAAUAAUUAUAGAAGAUUCUUUAAACCACAGUUA